AUGGCAAAAGCAUAUACGCAAGAUGAGUUUGAUGAGUUGAUGCUUAAAGUUCAGAAAGUAGAUAUGCGGGUUGCAGAGUAUUUGGAUGAAGCUAGUAGGGAUAGGUGGGCUAGAGUUUAUGCAAUUGUUAACCGAGGUGGGAAAAUGACCUCUAACAUUGCGGAGUGUAUUAACAAACAUCUUCUAGCUGCUAGAGAACUGCCGAUAUGUGACUUUCUGGAAGAGAUUGAACCAUCAACAGAAUUUGUGUACACGGUACAUGAUGGACGAAGGCGUUUCAUUAUUAAUCUGAGUAACAAAACAUGCAAUUGUCGUAUGUCUCAAUUAGACGAAAUCCCAUGUCCGCAUGCAUGGGCUGUUAUAAAACAGAAACAUUUGGUUGUUGAUUAUUAUUGCUCUGAUUUAUUCAAGCCAGAGACAGUUGUAAAGACAUACGAUAUUGUUGCGGAUCCUCUACUAGACGAGUGUGAAUGGAAAAUUCCAAAAGACAUCUUGGAUGAAGUGGUGUUGCUGCCGAGAUACAAAAGAUCACUUGGUAGGCCAAAGAAGAGGCGUGACAAACCUUUACAUGAAUUAAUGGCUGGAAAAAAAAAGACACGCUUGCAGUACUUGUGGACAACUUGGACACAACAAGCAUUCAUGCGGUUUUGA